AUGCACGCACACAACCGCUCCCGCUCAGUCCCCAACGCGGGCGAUCUGGCGUACUCAAACUCGAUAGAACGCGUAGACACGAAUCUCUCCACCUUUACCACAGACUCGCGCGCCAGCCUCGUCGCGAACCGUGGCAGCCGCGCGCGCGCCUCCGCCCUCCCGUUCCACCGCGAGGCGCCCGGCGCAGCCGCAGACAGACGUUAUCGGACGUGGACAGAGACGUUCCACGAAGCCUUCGCUGGCUGGCGGCUGCUCGUCCUCGGCUCUUGGUUGAACUUGUUGCUAUUUAUUGUACCCAUAGCCUGGACCGUCAGCGUCCUCCUCCCCGAAUCUCAUGCCUUGGUCUUCGCCACCUCCAUCCUCGCCCUCAUUCCACUGGUCAGACUCCACGAUCUCGCCAUCACCCAAGUAUCCCGCCGAAUUGGUGGCGCGAACGCCGGGCUCUUGCAUGCCACCAUGGGAAACAUGGUUGAGAUAGUAGUCGGCGUAAGUUUCCCACCGGUAGCACCUUCGCUUACGGACAGCACUAAUUGUAGGGAAACAUUUUACCGCGCUGCGCAACUGCGAGCUCACCGUCGUCCAAUCAUCCUGUAA